AUGAAAGAUAUUGAUGAUCCAACAAUACAUAGUCCUAUCAUCGGCUAUGCCCAAGAGCCAAUUCUUCCACUUGCUGAUGCAUGCGUACCAUUAGCAUUCGUUAUUCCUGACAUACUUAAUUAUGUUGCAGUGGCUCUUGAAGGUACUCCUGAUAAUCCACCAGAUGGGCUGACCCGUGAUGAAUCAGCGUCAAUUCAUCUUUACACAAUGGAGUGGAGUGACGCACGCGCAAGUCUUUAUUCACAUCUCAAUCGCACUCUUAAGAGAGGUGACCAACAAGACUUACAACCGUGGUUCAGAUAUCUUAAACUUUUUCUUACUGCCUUGGUUAAAAUACCAUGUUCGACAGUACAGGUCGUAUGGCGUGGCGUACGAAAAAAUACUAGUAAUGAAUUUCCGAAAGGAGCUCAAAUUACAUGGUGGGCUUUCUCAUCCACCACAAAAUCUUUAGCCGUGUUAGAAAGUGAUCUCUAUUUGGGUAAGACAGGGGAGAGAACCCUAUUUUCGAUUGAAGUGUUAAAUGGCAGGAAUAUAAGCGCUCAUUCACACUUUCAUGGUGAGGAAGAAAUUCUACUAUUACCGGGAACAUUCAUGGAAGUACAAUCAUUAUUAAAUCCAGCGUGUGAUCUGCACAUUAUUCAUUUGAAACAGAUAAUACCGGAGGAACCACUACUGGAACCUCCAUUCGAAGGUAACAUGAACAUUUUCAAAAGGUUUUUUUUAAUUGAAAUAUUUCUGUUCUCAGAUGCGUCCCUUUAUCCAAAAACUGAGUAAGUUUCAACUUCUUUCAUCUAACAGAGUACAGUCGUCGAGGGUCUGUGGGGGCAUGCGAAGAUCAUACUACUCUUUUUGCUAUAUUGCUAUUAGAAAAUGUGACAAUUCAUAAUAGUCAUUGUGUACCAAUAAUAUCAAUCUAUUCAUAUACUCAAGUUUUAUGCUUAUAGCUCACUAAUAAAGUUUUCAAUUUUAGUAGAAAACUAAAAUCGAAAAUCAUGACUCAUAGUCAACAUCGUAGAAAAACUUUCAGAAGACUAUUUCAUGACUUCUUCCUUACUGACUGAGUUCCAAGAGAUUCUUUCAAACUCUUAAGGACCUAAAUUUCUUUGCGUGAAAAACGAACUUUAACAUUUUUGAUUUUGAACAUUACGUCUCAUACUGAUCCAACUUUUAUGAAUACAUUUUCAAGUUAUUAACGUUACAAGAAUAAAUCCCCUACAAAAGAGAUCAGGAGCGAAUCAUGAAAAAACGACAACAAACUUCUUUUUCUGCUAUAAGCUAACCGCUUUUGUCGCGUUCUUCAGCUUUAUCAAGUCUUUUCAAGUUCAUAGAUGAAACGGCUGUGACGAGUUUCCUUGAAGACUAGGUUUUUAUCUCUAAAAACUUAAAUAAUCGAUUAGGAUGACGAAUGUUCGCUGUCAUACCAACUGCGACACAUGCUGAAAAUCACAAUAAGGUGCAAAAAAAACCACUCAUGUUUAUUGUUAAAAAACUAUUAAUAACCUCAGAGUUAAACUGAUAUCACUCGGUAGUUUGGAAAACCUCAUGUUGAAAAAUAUUGGCUAUCAGUCUACACAAUGUACUCCAAUAUUUGAAAACGAUAUUAAUUGUUUCGGUGAAAAUGUAAUCACGAAAUUUUCCAGGCUAACAAUUAAAAACAUGACAAGUUGAGUAGUCGAAACAUCGUUAGCUUGCCAAAGCAGCUUUAUCAUUUAAUUUCUUGAGUUACAUUUUGAUUUUCGAUAUUCAUGAUCAAACAUUGUUCUUUAUAGUUUCAAAUAGAAUAAAUCAAAUGAAUUCGAUUUAACGAGAUAAAUAUCGAUUGACUUUGAGAUAGUUUUCUUAAAAGCUUCGUGGAUUUUCGAUGGAUAUAAUUAACUGAAUUUUUAUUGAAAAUUUUCACUAGACCGUUCAGUCGUCGUUGGUAUAUACAGAAAAAGCUUUUGAUUUCGAUGAGCAUAUUGGCGAUGGUGUGCAUCAUGGCAGCCAGUCUUAGCUAUGUUCUGCUAACGAUAUAUGGCAAAAAACCGUCAGGUAUAGUUUUUAAUAUAACUUUUGUAUCAGAAAUAUAACUACGGUUCAUUCUGAAAACUGUGAUUCACUGAUUUCAUUUACGUCAACAUUUUGCUGACAUAGAUUCGUAAAGGCUACAUGCAUUGUGCUUCACAUAUAGUUGACAAACUUCUCCAAAACGUUUGCUCUUUCCACAUUGUUCUCAUUUGUAGCAAAAGAUCCAUUAAUCAAAACUAUAGUAUAGUUGUAACCGAGACAGAAAUAUAGCUUUAAUGUUUCAUUCAGUUUGAAGCCAGCUUCUGAUUUUACAAAAGUGAAGUCCUCUAUUGGUAGGAGAAAUUCAUGAAUGUGGUCGCACUUUUCGUCUAUUUCUCUGGUCCCCUUCUUUCAAGCGCAGAAAUGUUAAACUUGAUAGUUGAAAUGAAAUUAAAAAGUUGAACCUUGAACUGAAUUACAAUAUGUCUAAUUUUAUAUUAUAUUGUAGAGGUAGUGCUUCUUGUCAAUUCUGGAAUUUCUAAACUGUUCAUUUUGAAAUCUUGAGGUGCUAGCAAGUAGUAUAGCAAUGUAAAGAUCUUAUGCCAGCCACUUUUGAAAUGACGUGAUUAUUUCUCAUGAAGAGCUUGCAUCAUAAAACCUCCGAAAAAAAUUCACUUCUUUGAACUAUACACAAUUGAAAAAAGCCCAUCCAGAUGAUCACGAAGAUCUAUUUAAAUGCUGUUGUCAUGCUUUGAUUUUAUUAUCUCAUCAAUAUUAGUAAGAUGUCAAAAAGCGAAAAUUUGAUUAUUUUCACGAAACCUACAGGUUUUACUCAUUAGAACUAAAUGAAACUGCUUUACAGUACUACCAUUUGGCUGAAAAUGUUUCUACUGUUAUGAUGCAUGAUUUGAGUCGCCAAUGAACACUAAAUUAUAACAUGCAGACAUGUUCGAAAAUAUUUAUUUCUUUAUCGAGCAGUUCAUUUUGCUGUAGCUAUAAAAGGUAAACAGAAAUGUCAUGUCCUUUUGCUUAUUUCAAAGCAGUUCUCAGUCUAGCUCUAAUCUUGACAUAUAGAUGAAAAAAAAACGGUGUGCAUCUCGAUGAACAUAAUGACAAAACUUUUAACCGAGUCUUCAGUGAGACCCUAGAAAAUCCUAUCAAGCAAGAGGUCGAACAAUGCAUUUCUAUUGUUAUUCAAAGUUUCAUUUAUGAGUGACAAUAGAUACCAAACUGAUUUUGUUCUUUGUAUUGUUUGUUUCAAUUCUUAUUAAAUCAUUCAAUAUGGAGCCGAAGUAUUGAAAAAUAUAAGCACAAACUGUUGCAUCAAGUCGACAGCAACAUGAAUCUGCGAUUAUCGGAAGCAAAAAACAUUCGAAUCAUGCGACUUUGAAAUGCGCCGUUUACAUAUUUCGCAGAAAGUUUUCUUGAGUUUUGAUAGCAAACUUAGUUCAUAUUGCGCUAUUCAUCGAACAGGAAUCUAACAUCUAUAAAACCUUGUGCACAAAAUCCAUCAUAAUGACUCCAAAAAGUCUAAGAUAGACGAGAAGUUGCAUACAGGUCAUAUCAGAACUUUCUUAGGUUUCUACAACAUUGAUCACUUACAUGUGCAGGUUAAAACUAAAACUGUAACUGACUUAGAAUAACUAAUAGAACAUAAUAUUCCUUUUGUCUCUUUUAGUUGCAGCGAAAUAGACUUUUCUCAGUAAGGAAACAAAAGCUUUCAAAGCACUUACGUAAUUUAGUUCAUUGAUAACUAUAAUUAUAUUUGAUGAUCGACGAAACGUUUCUACACACAAAAAGGAAAGUGAACAGCUUUCCGCAAACAGUUCAUUAGUCAGCCUCUCAUUGAUCCUACAAGAGCUGGUCGGAGAAGAGGUAGCUUUAUUUGCAUUCAAGUCAACAGGAGAACACUUUUAUUAUGAUACUGAACAUGAGAAAAAAACGUCGCUUCAAGAAAUUAUGUUCGUAGUCAACUCGAUUAACUGUAUACGACAGGGUAUCAAUCAACAACAAAAAAACGUUGUCGUUUUUACAUUGCCAGUGUAUGGAGUGAUCGUCCAUAAAAGUUCUGAGCUCUAAAUUCAUCGAAUUUCACAUGAACGAAAGCUGACAAUAACUAUUUACACAACACAUGAAAAUUAGAGUUCUUGGUUCCUUGUAUGAAUGAGUUUUUAAUUUCUGUUAGUUUCAUAUUCUCUUCGGGAAACAGGUUGAACUCAAUAAAAUCAAGCUAAUCGUGAGAUUCUAGAGCUUGCUGAGUGAACGAUUAAUGUGUUUUGUAUUUCUUUCAAUGUUGUUAUUAUGAUUUGGGUAUUAUCAUGCAUGCGGGAUUAUUCUGAAAAUAGUUUACCGAUUUUCGCCAUGCGAUUGAAAUGCACUAAAUUUCAGUGAUUUAUAAAAUUAACAAUGGUAUAGCUGCGCAUAGUAACUUAGCUGUGUUUUUUCAUGUCUUUCACAUAGUAGAUACUCGUUAAAUUUUGUUUUAUAAUUAUUCAAUGACCUUUUAUUUUCUCUCUUCAAAAUUUCAAAUAACCGGCUCAAGAACGUGUAUCUAAUUGCUUUAAAGUUCGAAAGUUGAAUCCACACUUGAUUAUCCUAAUGUAGCUGUCCAAACGAAAAACAAAAGUCAUAGGCAUAUUCGGGUAGCAGUGUCAUAACAAUUUUUAAAACUUAUAUGAAACUGACACAUUUCAUGUAUUUUUCAAAAUAUCAAAUUUAAUCAGCAGGAAAAAAAUGUUUUUCGUAACUCGCGUGACAUUAAUAAUAAAACUCUGUUCUUGUAAAAGCUCAUUAUGUUUCCCUGUAUAAAUAACUGGAAAACUCAAAUCUCACUAUAUAUGUUCAACGUUUAGGAAAUAUAGUUAAAAGCACCAUAAAAAAAUGCAUUAAAAAAAAUGUGUCGUGGCUUUUUUAUUAUUAUCAGCUCCUAGAAACUAGAAGUAGAACGCAUAAAUUAAUGAUAUAAAUUGUUUCUAUGAACUGAUUUCAAAUACUGUAUUGUUAACUUCGUUUUUGAUAAACACAGCAAUAAAACUGAAGUUUUAUGUCAGUACAACUAUUUCAAAUGGCGGCUGGAAUUAGUACACAUCACUUCAUCAGAUGUUGUGAGAAUAAGACCGAUAGCUUUGAAAAUACGAUCGUAUUUUUCUGAAAAAAGUUACCAUCACAUGAUUUUGGAGGGAACUUGGUCGUUAAUAUAACGUAAAACGAUCAAAAUCUAUUUGUUAAUUGAAAUUGUUCAAUAUGUACGUUCCUUAUUGAAACAUAUUUUUCCUAUAUAAUCGAACCAGAUGACCCUAUUCUGAUGAAUUCACAUUUAUUCAAAGCAUAGAAUUUAGUGAAAACAAGCCAAUCCUAAAAAAAAAGUUGAAAUUCAUACAGAAAUCAAGAGUGCAGUACUCUUCAUACUGAAGAACUGUUUCUUGAUAAUUUUCUGAACAAAUCAUGAAGUAUUGAAAAGUCACCUUUUAAGAUUGCAAGCACAGUAAACAUAUAUUUUUGAACAGCAGAAAAGAACAUAAGAGAAUGAUUACGACUAGUUUUUGGUGUAAUAUUCGAAUUUCACAGCACUCUGAUAUCUAUGUUUCCAUGCCUUGAUGACGCCGACAAGUCUGCACUAAACGCUAUAGUAUUGAAUAGAGUUCAUUAAAUUUCACCUGGUAAAGUGAUAUUUUCUACUGUUCUAAGCAAUCGAACGAAUCCUAAAGUCAUCUACAAAAUAUAAUCAUUUUGACAAAUGGAAAUAAUCAUAAAUUUUUUCUUCAAGAAUAUCGUCGUUCUUUUUACUAUUUUCCGUAUACUAGAUCAAAUAAUCUAUUGGGAUGGAAAGAAUUGGGCGAGGUCCUGUGAUUUUAAUGAAAACGAUUUGUCUCAAGUAAUAACUCCACCAGAGCGCUGCGGUCCGACAUGUCUUCAGACUAAAGAAUGCACUCAUUAUACGUGGACAACGUUUAAUAGUGGUACUUGUUGGAUGAAAAAGGGUAAUGUCUCCAAGGCUGAUGCAUUCACAACCAAUGAUGUCAACAUGAUUUGUGGUGUUAGAGACAAUAUUCAGCAA